UUAGUUAUAAAUCUAUGUAAAGUUACGAGAGAAUUCGGACACAUUCUUUUUAUCCCACGCUGUCGCCAUCUUUUCCAAGAAUCGAUCUUUCAGCACAGAACACCGCACUAGCUCAAAUUAAACAACCAUCGACACUGAGAACUAAAAAGAAAUCUUGGAAACUGCAAGAAAACCAAAACCUGAUAAGUUCUAAGAAAUUGAGUACUGAACAAAAAUGGCAGAUGAUGGUUAUGACGGAGGAAUGAAGCGAGGACAUGACGAUGACUAUGAAGACCAUGGACAGAAAAGAAGAAGAGGAGGUGAUGGACCAAGAGUUGAAUUAAGAUUCCUGCUAGCUAGUAAGAAUGCUGGUGCCAUCAUCGGAAAAGGUGGGAGUAACAUCAAAAGAUUAAGAUCCGACUACAAAGCCAGUGUCACAGUUCCCGAUAGCACCAGUCCCGAACGAGUGUUAACCAUAGGAGCAGAGAUUGCUACAGCAUUAGAAUGUGUGUUAGAUAUUAUUCCUAAACUGGAAGAUUAUAAGAACUACAAAGAUGAUAAUUUUGAUUGUGAACUUAGAAUGUUGGUACAUCAAAGCCAGGCAGGAUGUAUUAUUGGUAGAGCUGGUUUCAAAAUUAAAGAACUACGAGAGAAAACUGGAGCACAGAUCAAAGUAUAUUCCCAGUGUUGCCCAGAAUCAACAGAGAGAGUAGUAGCAAUUGGAGGCAAACCAAAAAUUGUUGUAGAUUGUAUAGAUACCAUCCAUGAGUUGCUGAAAUCUGCCCCACCAAAAGGACCAAACCAGCCAUAUGACCCUAUGUACUGGGAUGAGUUUAUGGUCAGUGACUAUGGAGGAUACACGGCUGCAGAAGGUGGCAGAGGAAAGGGUGGUCCAAGAGGAGCACCUCCUGGCCGCGGAAUGGGCGGUCCAAUGGGAGGCAUGAGAGGUGGGAGGUUUGAGAAACAAAGAGGUGGAAUGGGCCGUAUGGAAAUGGGUGGUCGUGGAGGUGGUGGUGGAAUGAUGGGAGGUCGUGGUGGACGCGGAGGUGGAAUGGGAGGAGGUGGUAUGGGUGGUGGUGGAGGAGGAGGAAUGAGAGGUGGUGGAAUGGGAGGACCUGGCGGUAGAAGUGGCAACAGAGGUGGCGGAAUGAGAGGAGGCAACAUGGGCGGUGGUCGUGGAGGCAUGGGAAUGGGAGGAGGUGGAGGAGGAAUGGGCAACAUGGGCGGUGGCAUGGGAGGUGGAAUGGGAAUGGGUAUGGGUGGUGGUGGAGGCGGAGGAGGAGGAAUGGGAGGAGGCAACAUGGGUGGAGGAAAUAUGGGAGGUGGGGGAUUUGGAGGUGAUGGUUUUGGUGACAACUUUGGUGGUGGCUACGAUGAUGGUUAUGAUGGUGGAUACGGCGGUGGUGGUGGUGGUAUGAACCAGAACUUUGCUCAGGACAAUACCGGUGAUAUGGGACAAAUGUUUGGCGACAAUUCACAGCAAGUAACCAUCCCUAAAGAUCUGGCUGGAGCCAUUAUUGGGAAGGGUGGAUCCCGUAUCCAAGAAAUUCGCAGGCAGUCACAAGCCCAGAUUGUGAUUGAUGAACCCCUGAUGGGUAGCAAUGAUCGUAUAAUCACCAUUACAGGGACUCCAGAACAGAUACAAAAUGCCCAGUACCUACUACAGAUGAGGUGAGUCUUUGCUACACAGUGUAAAGGAAUUUUCAGGACAAUACUGAAGAAUACUGGUGUUGAUUUGUUUAGAUGUAGACAUUUUGUACAGAAUUGUUUUUUUAUUGUCAUAAUUGUUUUGUCAUCAUGUAUUGUUAUGGACCACAAUGAACUAGAUCAAAUAUCUCAUCACCAUUGUCAUUUUAGUAUACAUUGAUGUAACACUGGGAGGAUUGAUGAUCUUUAAAAAGGAGAAGAUUUCAUUUCAAAAAUGUAUUAACCUCAAAUCAUAAAUAUUUUAAUUUGUUUGUUUUUUUUUUUUUUUUUUUUUAUAUUUUAUCAUUGCUGCAGAUCAUGGACAUUUUAAUUAGUCAUUGUUGUAAAGCAACACGUCAUGAAUACAUUAAAAAGAAUAACCCUUAAAA